AUGUCUUUGAGCAGCACUGGAGAGAGUUCAGAAGGUGCAGGCAUUGUAGUGGCACAUAACCUAGGAAACGUGUUUGUGGUUAUUAUAUACGUUCAUGGUGUCAAUAAGCUUUUUGAGAGUCGUAACCUGAGAGGAUGGCUUCAGGAGCAGUUCGGCAACAGGCCUCUGGAACAGUGUGAGGACAUGAGUCUACAUAAUGCUGCCCAUGUGGGAGAUCUAGACACUCUCAAGACCCUCCUACAAGAAGAGAGCUUCAAACAGUGCAGUUCAAAGGAGGAUCCUAAGGAGGAGUUGAUUUGGUCCUGUGGUUUGCUGCCCUGCACGCCCCUGCGUAUCGCUGCAAUGAUGGGUCACAGCGAGUGUGUGGACUACAUGAUCUCUCAGGGAGCUGCAGUGGACCUGGUGGAUGUGAAGGGUCAGACUGCUCUGUACAUGGCUGUGGUUAAUGGACACCUGGACUGUGUGAAGAUCCUUCUGAAAGCCGAUGCUGAUCCGAACGGCAGCAUUCAUCACCGGAGCACCCCAGUAUACCACGCUGCACAAGUGGGCCGAGUGGACAUCCUACUAGAGCUGAUCAGAAUACACACAGGUUCAAAGCUGAUUUACCGGCUGGACCAGAGGUUUAUGUUCGGCACCCGCACUUUGACAACUCUGGCAGCCUGUUCUCUUUUCAUCAGCGCUGCUUACCACCACCUCCCCUGCUUCCGGAUUCUUCUGAAUGCCAGUGCCAACCCAAACUACAAAUACAAUGGCCCCGUGAGCAGGGAAGCACAGGUCAGGGGCCGGGCCUCCUGUAUGCUGGAUGCAGUUCUGAAACUCGGAUGUGAACCAGCCUUCGUUAGCUUGCUGCUGGACCACGGCGCUGACCCGUAUCUAGUCCCCUGGGACGAGCUCGAUCCUGACACCAUGGUUCACUUAAAAGUCAAUGCUGAAGCCUUUCGCAUCUACCAGGAGGCCAAAAGAAACCCGAGGAGAUUGAUGAACCUGUGCUGCAUUACUAUCCGGAAGAUCAUGAGCAAGAAGUGUCUAGCAUGUAUCUCUUCCCUUCCGCUGCCUGAAACCGUCAUAAAUUUUAUGUUUCACAAGGACUGAUGUACCUCUGCUUCUCCAUGUUGAUGGUCGAUGAACUCAAGGGUAUGAGUGGCCACUCGCUCUCCAACACUACUUACAUGGAAACCAAUGACUUCCACAAGACUGGCAGCUGUGAUGGCAAGACUAUAACUUUAGUGUGCUGUGACAUUAAAACCACAUCUUGUUGAAAACCACAAACUG